UCAGUCAGAGAAGAAAUGUGUACCAUAUCAACUUACUGUGACCUAGGAAAGGCUGCCCAGGAUGUCUUCAACAAAAGAUAUGGAUUUGGCAUGGUUAAAAUAGCUCUUAGAAUCAGAUCUUCCAGUGGAGUGGAAUUUUCCGCAUCUGGUCAUUCAUAUACUGAUACAGGGAAAGCUUCAGGUAACUUGGAAACAAAGUACAAGAUCUGUGAUUAUAGGCUUACCUUCAUUCAAAAAUGGAACACAGACAAUACCCUGGGGACAGAAAUCAGCAUGGAGAAUAAAUUGGCUGACGGUUUGAAGCUGACUCUUGACACCAUAUUUGUACCAAACACAGGCAAAAAGAGUGGUAAAUUAAAGGCCUCCUAUAGACGAGAGUGUUUCAGUCUUGGUGGAAAUGUUGACAUUGACUUCUCUGGACCGACCAUCUAUGGCUGGGCUGUAUUGACUUAUAAAGGAUGGCUUGUUGGCUAUCAAAUGAGUUUUGAUACAGCCAAAUCCAAACUAUCUCAGAAUAAUUUUGCCCUGGGUUAUAAAGGUGCUGACUUCCAGCUGCAUACACAUGUGAAUGAUGGCACUGAAUUUGGAGGGCCAAUCUACCAAAAAGUUAGUGAGAAGAUUGAAACUUCGAUAAAUCUUGCUUGGACAGCUGGCAGUAGCAACACCUGUUUUGGCAUUGCUGUUAAGGAUAAGCUAGAUCACAAAACUUCUCUAUCUGGUAAAGUGAAUAAUGCCAGCCUUAUUGGACUUGGUUAUAUUCAGACACACCGAACUGGCAUAAAAUUAAUGCUUUAA